AUGACAUCAGUGACCAUUAGUGGUGCAAGUCUUUUGUUCCAUUCGAGUGACAGAACUCGAUCUGACCUUGAAAAUACUUCCUUCUCUGAAAUCGACCAUGACAAGGUUGUCAAAGAGGUGACAAUUAGGUGGGAAACUGUAGUAGUGGGAGGUGUGCCACAGGGAGAUACUCAAUUGUACACCACGACCUACACUCACAUUCCUCCGCUCGCCCAGGAGACCCCUGAAGAUCCAGAUCUACCACCCAGCUUUCGCGAUCCGUUAAGGCACCUCCACCUCAAUGUGGAUAAAUACUACUACCACGAUGAUGCGGACAGCAGUUUGAAUAAGGUAGAGACGAGGAAACACGGAUCGGGAAGAGUACGGUUUAGCGUAAACUUCGGAGUUCGACAUCAAAAACGAUUUCUGCAUACACCACCGAAUAAGUACCUUCCAAUUCCUCCGUUGGUGCGUACGCCCUACUUUUAUGCAUACGGAAGGUGUCCCGUGUGUGCUGGAAAUGUGUCCCCCGUGGAGCAUUCUAAAGGACAAGGUCUAAUUCCCAGAAGCAGUCGAGAUUCAUUUAAGGUCGUGGCAAAUUUUACCAAAAACGGUCCGCUUGAUCACCUAGAAGGGAAAAACAAAGUUCAGAUCGACGAUCUGAGCCGACGAAUUAGUUUGCACCACCUCAAGUCGCGUGUUUCUGAGGCGAUGAGCGGCCCAAAACCACACCUCCAUUUACAGCACGGUGGGUUAGAGGAGGGUGUGAAGGCGCAUCGCAGGCUUUCCGGACUCGCCCUACCACAAACUGAUCCAUUUCACAACAAAAAUGAGGGUAUCCCAUCAUUCGCAUCAGCAAGGCAGCUCACUUCUCGCUCUAAGUGUACCAAAACGAGUUUCAGAAGGACCAUUCUUAGUGAUUUGCAUCGUUUUAAACCUAGGUACCAGCUGAAACCCCAUAUAGAUGAUUUCAAAGAUGCCGUCCCAGGUGGAGUAAUUCUUGCGUCAAAGUUGAAAGAUUAUGAUUGUCAUGUACCGUUAGUAGGUGUGGAUACUACGAUGAUGCGUGAGUUGUACACAGCCACCAUUCUUAGGGAUCACGUUCUCAACAGACUGUAUCACCGUAGGAACUUCCGGAACCUUCCACCUGAAUUCCAAUACUUGCGGAAGGUCAAUUUCUUGGAGUUCUUGCAAGCGAAAUCUUGGAUGACUGUAGACAGUGAGAUUGAUCGCGAUCGCCAUCUCCGUCUUUUGACAACUGACAACUCCAAUUCCAUAUUGGAUGAGAUUGCCAAUCACUUUUAUGAAUGCGAUUUCGCUGAGCUGCAUGUCUUCACGAAUUGGCUUGAUUCAGCGAAGGCGGAUGAGACACUGCUUCAGUUGAAGACUUGUAAGGAAAUUAAAAAAUUAUAUCUCUUGAUGGGUGAAGAGCUAACUAGAUCGAACUUAGGUCUCGGGGGAACAACUCGGAUGGAACUCCUGAUUGUCCUAGCCACGUCAAUCAACAAUCAGAGACUGCGACACUGUUUGUGGGGCCAGGUGCGUUGUUGGUUGGAUCCACUGAUUGGAGGUCUCUUCUCCACCUCGAAGUGUGUUCGAGAAGAAUCCUGCUACACCUUGGCCUACAUGUUCAGCAUUAACUCUCUGGCAGAGGAUAUUCGGCACCUCCUUUCCUACGACAUUCCCUAUGAUGUGACUUGGAAUGUCCUAAAGGCUAUGGAUCUAUUCCCCGAGACCUUCAUGACCUACUUCCUCCUUCUUGGCUAUAUGUUGGAAGGCUGCUCUUCUUUCAGCAUUCUCAACUGCAUCAUGGAGAGAGCUGCACUUUGUAGCAAUCCACUGAUACAAAAACGGUGGCCGCUGUUUGUGUACUAUGCGAUCAAGCAUUGGAAUGCAAUGUACCUCCGUGUGGAUCCGGUUAAUCCAGCUUUGCUGAUGGAGAAGAUGACUCUUGCCGCCAUGAAUCCCCUGACGCGGAAGGCUGCGAAGAUGGCGUUAGUGGCUCUGGCCAAGAAGUUUGAUAAAUCGGUAGGUGCGGUGACACAUUUUGAUCCCGUAUGGACUCGAGAGGAGGAAUAG